AUGCUGCUUCCGGGAAAGAUCCACCACGUGCUCAGUCCGGGCAACCUCUGCAUCAAGGAGGUGCAGGAGUACCUGCGGGGCAUCUGUCCGGACGUGCAUGUGACGAGGGGCGAGUACGACGACGAUGCCCAGUUCCCCGACACCAAGGUCGUUGUCGUGGGCGGCUUCCGCAUCGGCCUCUGCCACGGCCACCAGCACUGGGCAUCCGCAUUGGGCCUUGUCACGGCCACCAGGGGCUGCUCUCUGCUUCUCUGCUCUGUGACGUUCCCUGUUGCCCGUCCUCGCCAUCCCCUCCAUUCCACUCCCCAUUUUCUCCUCCCCGCUCCUCCUUCCCAGGUGAUCCCAUGGGGCGACGUUGAGUCCCUAGCCAUGCUGCAGCGGCAGAUGGGAGUGGACAUUCUAAUCACGGGCCACACGCACCGCUUCAAGGCCUAUCGCCACCAGGGUCGCCUGCUCAUCAACCCAGGCAGUGCCACCGGCGCUUACACCCCCUCCACCGCUGCUGCUGCCGCUGCCGCCGCUACCGCUGCUGCCGCUGCAGCUGCUGCUGGGGAGACCGACGCUGCUGCUGCUGCUGGCGGCGCUGCUGCGGCUGCGGCAGCAGCGGCGCUGCACCCGAGUUUUGUUCUAAUGGAUGUGGAUGGGGCGCGCGUGGUGGUGUAUAUAUACGAGCUUGUGGGCGGCGAUGUGAAGGUGGAUAAGAUCGAAUUCAAGAAGCCCGUUGCUGGCGCGCAGUGA